UGUUCUUCACCAAUCAGAUGGGAAUUGCUCGCGGGAAACUGAGAGCUGAUGAGUUUCAGGCCAAGGUGGAGUCAAUUAUAGUCACUCUGGGUCUGCCAGUUCAGGUGUUCGUGGCGAGUGGACCUGGCUUGAUUCGCAAGCCCAUGCUGGGCAUGUGGCACCACCUGAUCCAGAAAGCCAACGACGGAAUCGAAGUCGACAUCGGCAAGAGUCUGUACGUCGGAGAUGCCGCAGGACGCCCGGCAAACUGGGCCCCCGGAAAGAAGAAGACUUCUCCUGCAGCGAUCGCCUGUUUGCUCUCAACGUGGGACUCCCGUUCCACACUCCGGAGGAGAUCUUCCUGGGAUGGAAGACGGCACCCUACAGCCUCUCCCCUCUGUUCCUCCCGGCCACGGCCACGCUUUGCCACGAGGAGCCGGAGGUGGUGGUGGCGGUGGGAUUCCCCGCAGCUGGGAAGUCGACGUUCUUCAAAGAGCACAUGGUCCAAGGGCUACAGCUACGUGAACAGGGACACGCUGGGGAACUGGCAGAAGUGUGUGGCGGCGUGCGAGGAGGCCCUGCGUGGUGGACAUGGGGUCGUGGUGGACAACACCAACCUGGAGGUGGACGCGCGGAAAAGGUACGUGGAUUGUGCACGGAAGGCUGGCGUCCCUUGCCGUUGCUUUCUGUUCACAACGACCUUCGAACACGCGAUGCACAAUAACCGGUUCCGCGAGGCCGUGGGCAAAGAGCACGUGCCGGUCAACGUGAUGGUGAUGAACGCCAGCAGGAACAAGUACGUGCCGCCCACGGCGGACGAAGGCUUCAGUGAAAUUGUCCGCAUCAACUUUGUGCCCAAUUUCACCGACCCGGAGCUCGGCGCGCUCUACCGCCAGUUCUCCGAGGGUUAGGCCCAGUGAGAGCAAGCGGGGCUCUCGGCUGCCCGGACCACGGCGACCGCUGCCUGGUGACAGCGGGGAGUGACGGGGGGGGGCGGCAGUGGUAAUUUAGUAAGUGAACGCUGUUGAUGAAAAUUAUGAGCUUGUCUUAAAUUCCGGUGACAACGGUGGCAACGGGUGGAAGAGAAUCGUGGGCAAUGACUACGACUAACCAUCACCACCACCACCAUCGUAACCAACACCAUCAUCACUACCACCAUUGUCACCACCACUAUCAUUGUCACCGUCACCGCGAUUAUCACCACCACCGCUAUCAUCAUUAUCACCACCAUCACCAUCAUCACCACCAUCAUCAUUACCACUAUCGUCACCACUACCAUUAUCGUCACCAUCAUCACUGUCAUCAUCACCACCACCACCAGCGACCCACCAGAGAUUACAGAAUGACUGUGACGAGACAAUUAACGAGUCUGAACGAAAGAUAAUUCCGUAGCCUAAUCAUUAAAUAACUAUAAGUUUCUCAUUACAUGUUUGACUGCUGUAGUCAACAAGGACUAAGAGAAUAACUCCAUGAGGUACACCGACUCAGACUCGACGGCUCGACUGUGCCAUCGACUGGGCUGUUACGAUGACUGACAUAUCAAACGCCGAUGAAGCUUUGAACAGGUAAGUGCGUUGAGCGAUCAUGAAGUGAAUCGACAAGCCCCUUCGGCUUUCAGGCGUUCCGAAUUCUUUCUGGCAGCGUCACGUAAUGAUUAUGCAAUCGUCACGCAUGUCCACGUGCUGCCGUCGACGCCAAUCCGCUGCUGGAUGAAGGCCGUGCCGUGCCGUGCCGUGAACUCACCAGGACUGUGUAGGCCUCAACGGGGGGGACGUUUGAUAGCCCCGGAGGGGAGAGUGCUGGAAGAAGAUGGUUUCUAGACUCUUGGAAGACAUUUGGGGCAAAGUAUGUACGCAUGUGUGUUGGACUUCUUUCGCACCGUACGUAGUCAACCGCGCUAAUCGGAGGUGUCGGGGGAAGGGCAGCAAACCAAACGCACAAAACUGUUCUAAAGAUGCGAGUUUGUCAAUCGAGAUGAUGGCUCCGGUGGCGUCUUGAUAUCGGAAGGAAGAGCGUUCCAGACGGCCGCACAAGCGCAUCUGAAAGCGCCGCGCGACGCGAUGAUCACCGUCUCUGUUCGAUGGCCGAGCUAAAAGCCGGUGCUUCUGCAAGGAUGAGCGGAGUUGGCGUGAUGAUGGUUCAUGUUCCUUGUUUAUCGAAGGUGCGAAAAAUUGUGAAACGGACAAAAACAAAUUGCGUUUCGUGUCAUAAAGCUCUCAGCCUUAUCCAGACCACCAGCUGAAAAGAACUGAAUGUUUGGUCAUUUUGUCGGUAAGAUCACCGACUCGGCGAGUUGAGAUGGUGAGGCCUGUCCCAACGGGGGUGAGGGCGGUGAUACGGAGACACACCCGAUGACCGUUUUCACCUCCCGUUAAGACUUCAUGAGUAGAGGCACAGUCAACAAUGAAAAAAACAAUAAUUGGCUUUAACCCUUUCUGGUAAUAAAGCAGAAGGUGUUAAGAUGUCCAAACAACAAAUAGAUAACUCCAGCAAGGCAUCAGGUAUGCAUUAACCGCACGUGCUUGUGGCAAGAUACGCUCCAUCACCAAACAGACACCGGGUCUAACACUGCUGGUGAGACUAGGCCAUCAAGAAGGCCGUCUCUGGCGUAGGCCAAUCGGUUUCAAAGACACGAUCAGAUACCUUGCAAUCGGUGUUUGGUGUGUGCACAUCUUAACACCUGAUACAGUACAGAGAGUCCUCUACUUACGAACAUUCAACGUACGAACUUUCAGAGUUACGUAGUUGCCCGUUCGGACCAAGAGUCGUAAGUUCAACCGCCGCGCAAUAGAUGGCGGUGGUGGCAUCUACGUCUGCAGAACGUGAAGAACCAGCGGCAUCUACAGGAGAUCGUACAACUUUUAAAGGCAUUCCCCGUGUUUGAGUGUACACGCCGUACGACGUGUUUGGAAUCGAUGGGAGUAAAGUUGGAACUUACGAACAAAUCGACUUACGAACAGAACCUCUGGAACCUGCCUCGUUCGUAAGGAGAGGAGUCCCUGUGCUGGCAGACAGGCCCCAGAGACACGGUCAAUCGGUGUUCACUGCUGCCAUGAUUCCUACGGUGGAGCCCGGUAUAUGGAGAGGCCUUUGCACUGUGGUGGGAGGCAGGGGACCCCGCUAGCCAUGGGCUUCAGGUGACAACCGCCUUUUGUCCAGGACGAAGAGAACCCAUAACAGCAGUAAAGUCUCUUUGCAUCCGGCCUGCAUGAGUGCCACGGUGGCGAGAUGUUAACUACCUCGCCUGGUAUACGGGAGGUCGUGGAUUCGGGCCCGGCCGUGACGAUGCCUGCUGUAUAGUUGGAGUUUGUGUGUCUCUCCCCGCGAGCUCGUGGAUUUUCCUCCGGAUCCUCCG